CACCAUUUCACUCUCUCCCCUCCUUCUUCCAGCCCCUACAUUUGAAUCACCAACUCCUCUUUCUCUCUCUCUUUCUCACAUUCUCUCUUGUUUCUACCAAACGCGCUUCCCAAACCCCAAACCUAGCUACUUCCUUAAUCAUGGCCGAGAAGCACUUGCGGGACUUGCUUCUGGAGGACCAAGAGCCCUUCCUUCUCAAACACUACAUUUCGGAACGACGUUCCCUCCUCAAAACACCUUCCCCAAACACAGCCAUAACCAAAAACACCUCAAACUCAAACUUCCCACUUAACAAAUGCCUCCUCUCCUUCCACAACGCUACCAAAUCUCCACUCUUGGAAUUCGCGCCGCUCACCAAGAAGCACAGUCCCCUCAGACCCUCCAACGCCAAAACCGCCACGCUCCUCCUUGAAGCCGCCCUCAGAAUCCACAAACACGCCAAACCGAAGCCAAACAGGGCCUUGGGCCUCUUCGGCUCGCUCUUCAAAAAACUCAGGAGCCAACGGAAGAGGGGACAGAUAAACGAUGAUGUUGUUGGCGUUGGGUUGGUGGGAUCCUGCGAGGGCAGACUCAGCAGCAGUGGCUUGUGGUCGGAGAGCGAGAGCAACGAGGAUAAGUCUUUGGACUUGAAAACUUGUAGUAGUGACCACUCCUUCGAUGACUCCGUCGAACAAGAGAUUCAGUUCCUCAACUCUCAUGAUCUCUUCUUCUGCCAAACCCCUUUCCGUUUCUCACUCCGGCAGAUCCCCGACUACUCCCCCGGCCGCACGCCGGAAUUCUCUUCGCCGCUCGCCUCUCCCCGUCGCCACCCAACUCAGGACAAUGAAGUUAGUGGUGGUGAUGGCGUCAACAAAUUUCAAUCUGGCGAAGAAGAGGAAGAUAAAGAACAAUGCAGUCCAGUGUCUGUUUUAGACCCACCCUUCGAUGACGAUGACAACGACCAUGGAGAAGAUGGCUUUGAUUUGGACUGUAACUAUGCCAAUGUUCAAAGAACUACGCAGAAUCUACUAGACAGGCUCCGUAGAUUUGAGAAACUUGCAGAGCUAGAUCCAGUGGAGCUUGAGAAGAGGAUGUUAGACCAAGAAGAUGAAAAAUUUAUGGAAGAGGAUGAUGAUUACGAUGAGAGCGAAAGAAAAUGUGGUGAAGAAAAUGUGGUUGAAAUCCUGAGCCAUUCAAGAGUUGAUGAGAAGCAGGAAGCAGCUGAGGACCUUAAGAGACUGGUUUAUGAUAUGAUCUUGGAGGAAGAGACAGAAGUGAGUUGCUCAGAAGGGAGGAACACAGUGGUGAUGAGAAGGGUUUGCAGGAGGCUGGAGUUAUGGAAGGAAGUGGAGUGCAACACCAUUGAUAUGAUGAUUGAAGAGGAUUUCUGCAGAGAAGAAGGUAGUUGGAAGAAAAAUGGUGAGCACAGAGGGGAGCUAGUUCAGGAAGUUGAGCUUGCAAUCUUUUUCUAUCUAGUGGAGGAACUUUCAGAGGAAUUAGUAUGUUGUUAGUGUGAGAAAAUUUUGAAGCAGCUCAAGAAUUUAGAAUGAAUGAUUAUCUUUAUUCUUUUUCACUAGAAGGUUACAAUCUAACUUGCAACUUAUUUGAAUAGGCUAGUUAGAUAAGAAGAGACCCAAAAGGAUAAUUUGGAUGAGGGAGAACUUGGGAGAUAUGUACAUGAUUGGUGUAUGUAAAUCACCUUUAGUAGUUAAGAAUACUAUCAUUUUUGCACUUA